AUGGGGGAAAUACAAGUGAAGUUGCAGGAACUUGGAGAGCUAAGAUUAAACUUGUUGAUACUCAAGCAGUUAGAUAAUGCUUCAGAGUUGAAAGGCAGUUGCAAGCUUUGUGCCAGCAGUCAGUAUGCAGAGCAGGGUGAAGGCUCUGGGGCACCGCCAACAUGGCAGCCAGUGCAGGAGGAGGACAGCCUUCGCCUGAAGCGGUUGUUGGGCAUAGGACCUGCAGACAAGGCGAUGUGCCCAAAAACCAACAUCAACAGCAGCAGCAGAACCAGUUCCGGCCAACGCUGCGAGCCGAAGGCCUUGACGUCACCUCAAACUCUGCAGCAGCGCCAGUGCGUUGACGCAGUUCAGCAUAAGCCGCCUCCUCCACCACCUCUUAGUGUUUCUCCACACCAGGUCCGCCAUCUUACUCGCGCGAUACCGCCUCUCCCGCCAUCACCACCGCUCCCGACGCCACCGUCACACCCAGUAUCACCAUCAAAGCUUCCAGCGCACUUCCAGGAACUGCAGCAGCCACAGCCACCACCGUUGCAACCUCCUCGCCCUCGCCAGCAGCAGCCUCCAGACGUGCCAGAAACUUCACGGAAACCUGAAGAACUGCCAGCAAAUCGAACUUUAGUCUCUGCUGCAGCCACCGACCUGCAGAGGAAACACAAGUGUGAAGACUGCGGCAAGUUCUUCGGCACCAAGACGGCUCUCAAGGUAAGCUCGAUCACAAAAUUCUCUAUUAAUACUGAUCUCUCCACUGCAAACUCCUUUGCUUCACCUUCCUCUUCCCCUUCGCCUUUGUCUUCGUCUUCGUCAUUUUCUUCCUCCUCUUCCUCUUCCUUGACUGCUUCUCUCUCUUCAUCUUCCACUACCAUUGCAUCUACUACGCACAUACGUUCCUGUUUGUCAUACUGCACACCUUUGCAGAUGCACGCUCGCACGCACACGGGAGAGAAGCCAUACCAGUGCGCCGAGUGCGGGAAGUUGUUCAGCCAGCUUCGCAACUACAAGUACCACGUGUCGGUGCACGCGGGCACGCACGAGUUCGCCGCGGCGUGCCCCGAGUGCGGCAAGGUGUUCAACAACCGCGGCUACCUCAGCACGCACAUGAAGAUCCACCGCAACCGCAAGGAGUACGCCUGCGCCGACUGCGGGCGGCGCUUCAACCAGCGGGUCGCGUACACUACGCACGUGCGCAUACACACGGGUGAGCGGCCGUACGUCUGCACGGUCUGCGACAAGACCUUCACGCGCUCGAUACUACUCAAGCAGCACAUGCGUACACACACCGGCGAGAAGCCCUUCACCUGUGAGGUGUGUGGGAAGCAGUUCGCGGACCGCAGCAACAUGAUGCUCCAUCUACGGCUGCACUCGGGCAUCAGGCCGUACAGCUGCGGCGAGUGCGGCAAGGCGUUCACCAAGAAGCACCACCUCCAGGCGCACAUGUCCUGCCACACGGGGCUGCGGCCGCACGCCUGUGACCGCUGCGGCGCGCGCUUCAGCCAGGCCAGCAACAUGCGCACGCACCGCAGCAAGUGCACCGCGCUGGGGCCUCCCCGCGGGGGUGGAGGCGACGGGGGCGGCGAGGGUGGCGAGCCUGCGGUCAGAGCGGCGGUCACAAGCGUCAUCAUGCGCGUGUCCGGCGAGCUGGUGCAGCACGUGCUGCAGCGCACCGAUGAUGUAGCCGCCGCCAGCGGCCGAAACGUCACGCUCGCUGGCGAUUCCGCUUCGUCUCUCGGGGCUCCGUGGGCCAUGCACACAGCGUAA